CUCUUCCACUCCCAUGACACUUUUCUGUACACUCCACCUCUGUCUGUCCACACCGGGCGGUGACGCAGAGGCAGCAGCGAGUGUCAGGUGUCUCAAGGUUUCACAAAAAGAGUGACUCAACGGAAGUUCGGACAGAUAUUCAGCUAGCUGCCAGAGAUGGAAAGUGGUCCAUUUAAUCGGCGGGCCUGGGCAGCACAGUCCUUGCGUGUCACUGCAAAGGAGCUGUCACUCAGUGGCCGAGGGAGAAACAAUGCCCUCGCUGAACGCUUCUCCAAGUACCAGAGAGCAGCUGAGGAGUCAAGUGCAGAGAAAAAAAAAGGAUCUUCUGAGAGUGUGUCAGUGUCCUUGCGGUCUGGCAACCUGAGUGCUCUGAAGAAGCGCUGGGAGCAGCAACAGGACAAGUCCUCUUCCAUCCCACCACCUAGCCUGUCCAGCUCUCGCCACAGGCCUCCUGCUCUGUCCAGGUCUACUUCCAUCACUGAGCAGAGUCCUCCAUUAAAGAGCCCCGGCCCAGCCAGUCGCGUCCAGCAGCCCGCAGCAGCUCCAGAAGCACCCAAAGGUGAAGAGCAGAGAGGGAUGGACAGGGAUGAGCUGACGCACCGUGAAAGACCUGAAAAGCUCGAGCAGCAAGUCCCCACCAGCCCCUGUGCCUCGUAUGAAAAAGCCAGAGUGCCACUGAACAACCUGAAGAUGAAGUUUGAGAAGGGAGAGGACACCAUGGGCAAGGGCGGCAGGACAACCCGUCGCAGCACUUCAUCAGAGGACAUGGACCAACAUGGCGGUCUGUCUGUGCCCGACAGAGUGUUGGAGUCCACAUCCAUGAAGGAGAAGAUGGCCAAGUACCAGGCUGCUGUUUCCAAACAAGGCACCACUCGCUCUGGUUUGACUCCAGAGGUGUCUGCUCCAAAAACAUCUGCACCAGUAAAUCAGAAACACACUUCUGCACCGGAGUGCAAUGGGGAGAGCAGCGAGCAGCCCAAAGCAUCCAGGAAGUUCAGCCCACCGGUGAGGGAGACAUGCAUCGCUUGUCUAAAGACGGUGUACCCGCUGGAGAGGCUGGUGGCCCUUCAGCACAUCUACCACAAAAGUUGCUUCCGCUGUGUUCACUGCAGCACCAAGCUCAGUCUUUUGAACUAUGCCUCUCUGCAUGGUAACGUCUACUGCAAGCCCCAUUUCAACCAGCUGUUCAAAGCUAAAGGCAACUACGAUGAGGGCUUCGGCCAUCGGCCUCACAAGGAGCGCUGGGAGCCUCGAGCUGAUGGAGAAGAAGGUGAGGAAGUGGUGACGCCGAAGGAAAAAGAGGUACCAGCAUUGGUGACACGUCCAGCUGAGAGUAUCUCAGACAAUGAGGUAACUCCAGCUGUGGAAGAAUCCUCACCGGUUAAGGUUACAGACCUGACUGCCUUACUGGAGACACGUGCUCAGACACAUGCCAGGUCUGAGGAGAAGCUUGAGUCUACAGAGAAGCCAGCUGAGAAACGUAGGCUGAGAAUCGCCUGGCCUCCCCCGGCUGGUGAGCGCCACUCUGUGACAGAAGCACUCAGUCCGGUCACGGAGGGAGUUUCUUCGGGCCGACCCUGGAGAGCCAAGUGGCCCCCAGAGGACGAGGUGCCAUCAUCCUUCCAGAGCACAGAGCGGGCUGAACUGAAGAGCCUGAGGAGGAGCUCUUCUCUAAAGGAGCGCAGUCGGCCUUUCACAAUUGCAGCUAGACCCAACCCCGCAACCAGCCUGGGACCCAGGGAACCUCGUCGCCCCCUCAAAUCCUUGCUGGAAUGGAGAGCAUCAUUUGAGGAAAAAUACCCAUCUGAAGAGCCACCCAAGGAAAAUAAGCCAGAGCCUCAGCAAGUAAAACAAGAGGAAAAGAAAGAGAAGACGAUGCCUCAAACACCCAGCGAAGAUGCAGCGAAAGCAGCUGAGGCCAUCUCAGAGGAGGACGUGGAGACUGAGCAACAGGAAGAAAGAGUCAAACAAGAACAGAGAGGAGAGGCAGCAGCAGACAAGACGGCGGUAGAUGGAGGCUCUCAUAGAAGCAUCUCUCCGGAUAUCUCACCAUCACCCUCUCCACCUUUACAGCCAAAACAGAACCGCGCCUCCCAGGAUGUAGGCUUCUGGGAAGAGGACAAAGAAGGAAGUGAUGCCGAGGAGCUGAGCGCAGAGGAUAUAAUCAAGAGGAACCGCUACUAUGACGAAGAGGACUCUGACUCAUAGAAACAUCUUUCAGUCUCAUUGUCACGUCCGUCCACCAUGUAACACUUGGUGUACAGUUUUGUUUGGUCAGUUCAUAGGUAGAUUAUAAAUGUAGUUUUGCCAUAUUUUAUAGUGUUAUAGGAGAGAUGCAACAAUGUGGAAUAGGUAUGUGUAUGUGCAUUCAUGUUGCAAUAACUGCCUUUAAUUGUCAAUUAAAUACAAAUAUUUGAUUUUUUUUUUUUUUUACAAUUUAAUUAUAUACUGUAAAAAAAUUAAUGCAGCUUUUAUAUGUCUCCUGAUUAUACUGGAAGGUGGGCCUAUAUUAAAUUGAAUCAUCUCUUGAUAAUUAUAUGCACCAUCAGUGGCGUUUUAUUUGCAGGUGGUGUGUCCGAAAACCAUUAUACUAUAUGUGGCACUUUAAGUGCUUUUUAAUGACAGGCAGUGCCCUUGUGCUUCAAGCAAAGCAGUCAUUAUGUGUAUUUUUGAAUGCAGGAAACAGUGACGUAUCUUCCACUUAGAAAGCACACACAAGUACUGCAUUUUUAAGAUGUUUUUGCAGAGUAAAUGUCUCGGCCUUUUGUUUAUAUUUUUACAUAUUGCCUCAAUUUAAAUUGUAAAUUGAAGAAAAAACAAACCAAAUGACAAUGCUCUGCAGAAGGUUUAGGCAAACCAACAUUGGUUUUGUCUUCUCUCUGUGUCAGUGCUGCCUUUGUGUUGUGUAUCAGAGAAAUUAAAAUGACUGGAAAUGCUGAACUACUAUAGACCAGACAAUAUGCAGUGUGCUGCUUAAUUGAGCCUUUAUCUUCUCCCAGCAUCUGAAUACACAAACAGAUGAGCCAGUAACAACACUAUCCUGCAGGGGGCUCUCUGGUUUGAUAAAGAAUUUACCUGCUCCUGAACUGCUCUAAUCUCCAAAAUAAAAGGAGAAAAUAUGAUCAAUCAAAUACAACUAAUCAAGGUUUCUGCUGAUAGCUAUUCUUUCAGUAUAACAUCUCAAUAUGUGUAAUCUCAUCGGGCCUUCUGGAUUUGUGUUUAACAAAUGUGAUCCUUUUUAUAUGGUAUGUAAACACUUUGUAUUUUAAUAUGUGCCGUGGAAUAUAUGUUUGCACUGCAGAAUAUAUUUUAAUAAUUUGUAUAAUGACACAUUGGGCAUUACAGUCUGAACUGUUGUUAAAAACAAUUAAAAUGUAUCAAUAAGGAAA